AUGUAUUGCUCUAAUCCUGCUUCAGAUCUAGAGACUCAUUGCAGAUACCAAUAUAUUGAUGACGUUGAAAAGCUGGAAAGAUAUAAACCCGGCGGCUAUCAUCCGGUCCUCAUUGGAGAUGUACUUCAUAGCCGUUAUCAAGUUGUCCAUGAGCUAGGAUAUGGGACGUAUUCUACCGUUUGGCUUGCAUAUGACCAGCAAAGGGCAGCGUAUUCUGUGGUCAAAAUCUGUACUGCUGAUGCACCGCUUCGAGAAGUCGAGAUUCUACAUCGGUUGACUAAAUAUCGGCCUAAUACCCAACCUGGCUUGGCUAUUCUUCCUACGAUUCAGGAUGACUUUGAGAUCCAGGGCCCAAAUGGCCGUCAUCGAUGCUACGUUAGUCAGACAGCCAGCUGCAGUGUAGCAGACGCGAAAUUCUGCUGUUUUUUUAAGAUUCCCGUUGCUCGUGCCGUUGUUGCGCAGAUGAUUUUGGCUGUUGAAUAUAUCCAUAGCCAUGGAUAUGUUCACGCUGAUCUUCAUCUUAAGAAUUUCCUUUUCCGCUUACCGUCUAGUUAUGAUAAGUUCUUGCCGGAACAUAUAUACAACCGGUUCGGAGAACCUUGCAAGGCACCUGUUGUACGUCUUGAUGGGGAACCUCUCCCCCCAAACGCUCCCAUAUACGGACCACGUUCCCCUCGCCGUCUAGCCGCAGAAGUCCUCUUUGCUCUAGGGAAGAAUCUCUCUUUCGCAUCUGACGUCUGGGCUUUGGCCUGUGCAAGUUGGUCUAUCUUUGGAAUGCGGUCACUCUUUGAUGGUACUCUGGCGACAAAAGAUGAUAUAGCUUCACAGCAAAUUGAUACCCUCGGGAUUUCGUCGCUGCCCCCAGAAUGGUGGGCAGAAUGGGAUGCGCGACACGAAUACUUUGACGAAGGAGGUCAGCUUCUUGGAAACCGCACUGUAUUUCCGCCUCUUGAGCAAGCAUUUGAAGAAGAGAACAAUCUCUACGAAGGAACGAGGGGAUUGACGUGUUCAGUGAAGAGGAGAAAAUGGCUGUUCUGGCUAUGCUUCGGUCGAUGCUCGUUUUUUAGCCUGGGAAACGGGCUUCUGCGAGAUCUUUGCUGA